AUGGGGGGCACAUUAAGAAACAGAACACCUGCUAAUGGUAGAUCAUCCAAACAAGAAAAAGAUGGUCAUUUCACAAGAGGCAUAAACAAGACUAACAAGCCCAAACCUCAACCAAAAGCAUCACAAACAACACAAGGGAAGAGAAACAACAACAAGCAGGACAUAAAGAAAAGUGACAAAGUGACAGACAGUGAGGAGGAGGUGGAGAAGGAGGAGAGUGAUGCAGGAAGCUCAGAGGAGGUGACGGAAGACGACACUUGUAACGAUGAGAAGGAGGAUGAGACGGGUGGUAACAAAGAGUCAGCAGAGACGCAGGGGAGUGAGGAGAGCAGUGAGGAAGAAGCCGCGGCGUCAGAUACCCAAAGAGAUACAGAGCAGACGGCAAACGAGGAAUCCGACAGACAAGAGCUUUCUGAGGACGCCAAAUCUGGGAACGAAUCAGAGGUUGAAUCCGGUGAAGAAGAGGAAGAGGAAAAAAAGAAGAAGGUUAAGAAAACCAAGGCAAUAAGUAGUGAUGGGAGUGAAGAUGAAGAGGUAACCCAGGAGGUUACAUCUGGAAGGCGUACCAGCCGGCAAGUUAAUCGGACUCAACGUCCCACGAAACCUGUGCAAGAGCCGAAGUGCAAGAUGUUUAAAAAAACCAAAGCAGACAAGCAGGCAGAGAAGGCUGAGAAGCAGAGGGCCAAAGCAGAGAAGCAGAGGCUAGAAAAGGAAGCCAAACAGAAAGCCAAGGAAGAAAAAAAGAACAAAAAGAAGCAGAAGAAGGAGGAAAAACCCAGUUCUGCCGCAGAGGAAGUUCAACCACAACAAAGGCCUGACACAGCAGAGGAAGAGACUCCUGAAGAAGCUGAUCAAGAUGAGGAAGAGGAUACGGCUCAACUAACUCUGACUAAAGCACUCAAAGGCCAAAACAGAAUCCUGCUUCUCAAAAACAAAGGGAAGGAUCUCAAAGCAUUUCUGGAGACGGAGGAGCAGCAGAGCUCUGGUAGCGCCAUCAAAGGGCGACCACAGAGCUUGCUGUUGGGGAAGGUAAAGACGAUGUCUCCCCAAGAAAAAGCAAACAAGCUGUCAGGCGAGGAAACACCAGAGAGUGAGGGGAUUGAAGGUGAGUCGAGCAAAAUCAAGGAACGCUUGAUAGCACAAAGAAAAGGCAUGAGCAGUCUAAACAGGAUGUCUGGUUGGCUUCAUAAGAACAUGCCGCGGGGGUUAAACUUGAGGAAGAAGCUGUCUGCUUGGACACGAGCAAUCAGUGUAUCACGCUGGCUAUCACUCCGUCGGUUAACACAGAAACAAGGUCCCAGAAAAUCAAAGAGCAGCAUCCUCAAACACCGCGUGGCGAUGAGAGUUGCCAGCAAAACCAGCCUUGCCGGCAAGAAAAAUAGGGGCAAAGCAGGGGAUGGAGGCAAAGAAGCAGACCAAGCUGGGGAGAAGGAGGUAGAGGCCAAAUAUGCUGUGGUUCUGCCGAGGAUGAACAAACUGGGCAAGGCAGACACAGCCGAGGUGUCUGAGACUGCGUCUACACCAUCAAAUACUACCGGAGAACAUGCUACGUCACAGCCCAAACCCCCGAAACCAGGCGCCAGGCUCGUGCUUCCUGUCAAACCAGAUCUCAGCCUAUUGAAGUCCAUUAAGAAGCCCUUACCUGGAGGUUUAAUCACAGGUGGAGAAGUAACAGGGAGGAGCCCAGGAACCAGCGCUGCACUGGAAGAAUCCUCCAACACUGAGGAUAGAAACAGGCCAUCAGUCCUUGGAAAUCAAGAUGGAGUCAGUGUUCUACAGGCUGCCAGAAUGAAACUGGACCCCUCCCAGAUGAACCUGUCCAAGAUAUCCUUAUCAGGGGGAACAUUAGGUGGAGAACGGAAUCGAGCAAAAAGACAAGAACCAGUGACAGAGGCUGCACCUGGGAUACCGAGGACUACCACUCAGCCCUUUUCAAAUGGGGGUGCAGGUACAGGGGUGGCAGGUGUCCGGUCCUUGUAUGAAGAAGAGGCAGACAGGGAAGUUGCCCAGCUCAUGGGUGAGGGGGGUACAUAUGGUAUCACCCAACCAGAGGUGCACUGGGCUGGGAACCCACGGAUGAGUGGCGACCCUCAGGAUUGGCUGCGUGCUGAGAACUUGUUGCCCCACCAGACGGUGGAGAAGCUAACCAAGUGGACGGUCUACGAUGAUGAGGGCCAGGCCAGGACUGUUCCUGCAGACAAUGGCAGGGGCCCCUGGGAAUCAGAGGACCCCACCCAGGACAUGCUGGAGAGUCGACUAACCAGCACUCAGGUGGUGAUUUCUGGGGGCCAGAGGGCUGUAGAGGUGGACGAAGUGGACGAUCUAUCUCAGCUGGAACAAGUCUGUGAGAGCUCUGUGCUUCUGAAUCUGAAGAAGAGGUUCCAGCGUGACUGUAUUUAUACUUACAUUGGAAACAUGUUGCUGUCCAUUAACCCCUUCAAGCCGCUCAACAUUUACACAGAGGAGCUGAGACUGAAAUACCAGGGCAGAGAGCCGCAGAGAAACCCCCCGCACGUAUAUGCCAUAGCUGACGUCGCUUUCUGUCAGUCUCAAGCCUCAACUGAGGAGCAAUGCAUUAUCAUCAGUGGCCAGAGUGGUUCAGGGAAAACUGAAGCUACCAAGCUGAUUGUCCACUAUCUAAGCUCCAUGUAUCAGGGAAUAAAUGACAACCUGAGACAGCCUAUGGAAGUCUUUCCAAUCCUGGAGAGUUUUGGGAAUGCCAAGACCAUCCUCAACGACAACUCCAGCCGCUUUGGCAAGUACCUCCAUAUCCACAUUCUCCAUGGGGUUGUUGUUGGGACGUCUUUGUCGAAGUACCUCCUUGAGAAGUCCAGGCUUGUCUUUCAGGCCAAUGAAGAGAGGAACUACCAUGUGUUUUAUGAGCUGCUGGCAGGUCUGAAUGACUACGACAAACAGGAGCUCUACCUGCAAGGAGCCGAGACCUAUUACUACCUGAACCAAGGUGGUGCUUGUGAAUUGAAGGGGAAGCAGGACAAGCAGGACUUCCAGCUUUUGGUUCAGUGCUUUGAGACCAUCGGUCUGCAUGCCGACCAUAUCUCUACUGUCUGGGCCAUACUCUCUUCUAUCCUGCAGCUCGGCAACAUGUGCUUCAGCUCCUAUGAGAGCGAAUCGUUUGAGGUGGCUCGUAUCUUCAGUGAGGCCGAGGCAAGGAGGGUUGGCUCCUUGUUGCAGAUUUCCUCAGAGGCCCUACAGACUGUCAUCACCCACAGAGUAACAGAGACAACUUAUGACAGGAUCUACUGCCCUCUGUCUGUGGAAAGUGCCAUAGAAUCUAGAGAUGCUAUUGCCAAAGCCUUAUAUUCAGUGCUGUUUGACUGGUUGCUCGAGCAGAUCAAUGACUGGCUGAGUCCCACAGAGAUGGACAGCACAGUGGGAAUAGUCGACAUCUACGGGUUUGAGGAUCUUGCAGUGAACAGUUUUGAGCAGCUGUGUAUCAACUUUGCCAAUGAGCAGCUGCAGCACUUUGUCAACAAAGCAGUGAUCUCACAGGAGCAGGAGGAGUACAGUGCAGAACAGAUCCAGUGGUACCCAAUGCCACUCAAAAACUUCCACUCCUGCCUGGACCUGAUCUCCUCCAGACCACACGGCAUCCUACGAAUACUGGACGACCAGACCUGCCUCCCCCAGGCCACAGACCACACUUUCCUCCAGAAGUGCCACUAUCACCAUGGGAACAGCCCCUUCUAUGCCAAGCCCAAGAACCCACUGCCAGUCUUUACUAUCUAUCAUUACGCUGGAGCUGUCACUUAUCAGGUUCAUAAUUUCCUGAAUAAGAACCACGACCAGUUCAGGACAGAAGUGUUGGAGCUUUUUGCCAGGAGUCGGUUAAAGGUGAACCAGCUGAUGGUGUCGGAGCUGUUCAGGAAGGUUCAGGAUGGUUACAUUCAGCAGAGAGAGCUCGGCUGGAGAGGGAAAGGCCUCCGACAGCAGCCGUCUACAGCUGCCUCACACUUCCUUCAGUCCCUGUCUGAACUCACCACUCGUCUGGAGAGAUGCAAAACCACUUUUAUUCGUUGUCUGAAGCCAAACUAUGUCAAGCUCCCUGGGCUCUUUGACGUAGACUACAUGUCGGCCCAGCUGAGGCAUGCUGGGAUGCUGGAGACCAUCCACAUCAGGAAAGAGGGAUUCCCCACCCGCAUACAGUACUCGUACUUUGUAGAGAGAUAUGGCGUUCUCCUGCCACAGCGGGUCGAUGAAGUGUCAGACAGAGAGCAGACGGUCGCUCUCCUGGACGCGGUUGGUGCAGAGGACGGACACUACCAGAUGGGACUCACAAAGGUGUUCCUGAAGGAGCUUCUGUUCCAGCAGCUGGAGGAGAAGUGGAGCAGCACACAGACCUGGGCUGCCAUCACCAUCCAGAGGAACAUCAGAGGCUUCAUCUGCAGGAGGAACUUCAAGUUCUUCAAGCAGAAAGCUAUCGUCAUCCAGAGCCACAUCAGAGGACAUCAGGCCAGGUACAGAGAGCAAAAAGAGCAGAGAGGAGAGGAACAUCAGGCCAGGUACAGAGAGCAAAAAGAGCAAAGAGGAGAGGAACAUCAGGCCAGGUACAGAGAGCAAAAAGAGCAAAGAGGAGAGGGCAUCAGGCCAGGUACAGAGAGCAAAAAGAGCAGAGAGGAGAGGAACAUCAGGCCAGGUACAGAGAGCAAAAAGAGCAGAGAGGAGAGGAACAUCAGGCCAGGUACAGAGAGCAAAAAGAGCAAAGAGGAGAGGACAUCAGGCCAGGAAGUACUACAAGCGUCUGAGGCAGUCCUUCACUCAGUUCUGGGCGGUGAUGAUGAUCACCAGGGACACUAUCAAGAGACGCCAUUGGAGGAAGCAGCAUUGCAUCUCUUCUUCCGCCUCCUGAAACCUCUCACAGGUACGCUGCUCUCACAGGAAUUUCAUGAGAAGAACAAAGUAAAGGCAGUGACAAAGAAAAAAUCUGUUUCUCCAGGAAUGGAUGUGGGGAUGUUGGAGAUCCCCGCUGAGCUGUCAGCCAGACUUCACAGUGCAGCAGCAGGGAGGCAGCCCAGGUCAGGAGUCACAGUGGUGGGACCUCCACAGGUGAAGGCAGAACACAGGCUCACUCUGCCUCGGGAUAUAAACAGAUACCCGUUCUCUCGCUAUGCCAAGUCCAUACUCAAGGACACGUGGUGCCAGCCUAAGGGACACCCCCUCCAGAGACCCCUCACCGCUCUGGAACCCGAAGAUGCCAGAACUGCCCUGGAGAUUUACAAACUGAUCUUGCGGUUUACAGGUGAGUCCGACCUCAGCAGAUGGCAAGAACAGAUGCUGGGUAACUACAUUGUGGAGAAGGGACAGAGCAGGCCGGCCUUGAGGGACGAGAUCCUGGCCCAGCUGGCCUACUACACGUGGGGCCUGCAGGAGGAUCAGGGCGGUCUGAGGGGCUGGCUGCUGCUCACCUGCUGCCUCAGUGCCUUCACCCCGUCACCAACACUGGACAAACCCCUGCUCAAGUACGUGUCUGAUCACGGUCCAAGGGAGUACCGCUCACUGUGCCAACACAAACUGCUGACAUCUCUGCAGCUCCCCGCUCCCACUGCCCGGACUUACCCCCCAACUGAGCUGGAGUGGACCAGCAACCAAAGGAAGGGUGCCAUGAUGCUGGAUGUACACACAUUCAACGAUGAACAGCUGACAACUGAAGUGGAGUCCUGGACCACAGGAGAGCAGCUGGCCUCAUGGCUCCUUCACUUCAGAGGCGUGUCGGAGGCGGGGCAGGGCUGGUCGGUGUCCCUCCUGACCGACGACGGCUGGUCAGACCUGGCCGGUUCGGACUUUGUCAUGGAUCUUCUGGCCGGAGCUGAAGCUGAAGUUCUGCCGCCACCUGGGACUCCCACCUCUUCGAACUCUGACUACCUGUUCAGCAGCCACGGGGACAGGAUGCCAUCUACAGAUCUGGAUGACUUCAUUCCACCCGCACCUCUCAUGCAAGCUCCUGGCCUGCCUCCAUACGAGGGAAACCUCUGGGCCAGUGAUUAUCCACAAGAAGGCCGUGGUCGACAAAUGGAGGCCUAUGUCGACGACUUGUUCGACCCUGUGCUGGACCAAGGACCUCCAGACAUGGAUAGAGUAGCCAUGCUGCACCGCAGGAUGAGAGGAAGAGGAGGGAUUGGACCCAUGUACAGCGGCAUGUACGGAGCUGGUGUACCAAUGACGAUGCCAAGUUAUCCCAUGGGAAUGCCUUCAGUGCCCACCUAUGGUGCAACUCCCAUGAUGCCAACAGCCAUGCCAGCCAUGCCAGCCAUGCCAGCUAUGAUGAUGCCUCAGACUCCGAUGGCGGCCGCUCCUGUCGCUGACCCCAUGCAGAUGGCUGCAACACAGCAAGCUCUCAUCAACCAGCAGGCCUCCCUCAUGGCACAGCAGAUGACCAUGCAGGCGAUGACUCUGUCCCAGCAGCAGACGCAGGAGCAGCAGAGGAAGCAGAAGAAGAAGGAGGAGCAGGAGAAGCUGCGCAGACGUCCAUCAGAGCGGAGGCCAAGGCAACGCUCAUCGUCCUCUCAAUCUCCCUCACCGCCCCCACCUGUCCGAUCCAAAGCUCCUGUUCGUCAACGCAGCCAAAGGCAGCCAGAGCCAGAGCCGAAGAGAGAAGUGGACAUGCCAGACCCAGAGGACCGUCAGUCUUUCAGAGACAAGAGGGAAUACUUCCAGAAGAUUGGUUCUAAGCCUCCCAGUAAAUCCAGAACUCCAAAAUCUCAACCGGCCCGCUACAGUCCACCCAGACAGCAGAAACACUCCCCCCCAUCACCUCACCCUUCACCCCCACCCACAGCACCGAAACCUGAGGUGAGGCGUCCUCGCUCUCCCCCUGCCAGACAAGCAAAUCCCCCGAAACCAACACCCCCCCCUUCCUCUCCGCCUCAGCCGGAGCCCACCUCCAGCAUCCGAGAAAUCAUCAAACUGUACAACAGCAGACCCGCUCCAGAACCCAAACCCUUCGAGCCUGUCAGAACUUCUGCACGACAUUUUGUGAAGAAAAGUGACCCCAAACAAGAAGCUCUGGACAAACUGAAAAACAAAGCACCAGUGCAGCAACAGACGAAACAGUGGAAGCCUCCUCCACCACUCGCCAAACCUCCUCGGCGCAAUCAUUCCCCUCCUCCCUCCAACAGCGGCCCCCGCGUCAUCUCCGACACCAUGAGGCAGAAGCAGCGCUCCCUGCAGGACAUGUUCCGCUCUCAGGACAACCAGCAUUCUCCACCUUCUCCACCUGAUUCUCCACCCCCGCAGUCUCCUCCUCCUCCUCCUCAACAGCCGGCGCCUGUCCUCCAGAACAUCCCGGAGCCCCCGCCCAUGGUUGCACCGUCUCUCUAUUCAGAAGAGUUAGCAGAUGAGGACGGCGUUCGCUCACAGCUCCACCCGUUCUCUCCUGGUGUUCACUUGUCUCACUCCAACGUGCCGUCAAAACUUUUCCUGAGAAAAGAAGUGUUUUAUCCCAAAGAGAUGUUCAACCGGCCCUACAUCCUCAAUCUGCUGUGUGAACAGAUCAUGAGGGACACUUACUCUGACAGCUGUGAGAGGAUCAGCAGAGAGGAGAGGAAGAAGAUGAAGGACCUGCUGGCAAACUUCAAUGUGGGAACAACUAUCAGCACCAUCGAGAACGAACACAUGAAGAAGAGGAUCGUCAUCGCUGCUCGAGACAACUGGGGAAACUACUUCACCCGCCUGUUCCCUGCGAGGUUGGGCAGUGGGGAUGCUCAGGUGCUGGGUGUGUCUCAUCGUGGCAUUCGUCUCCUGAAGGUGGUCAGAGCUUCAGGCAUCAACCCCAAACACCUCCAUCAGCUCAGGAGCUACAGUUUUGCAGAGCUGCUGUCAGUCGACCUGCAGGGAACAGACCGAGUGCAGCUGGAGCUGAAGAGUGAAAACUUAGUGCUGCAGUCGUCCAAAGCUCCUCAGAUCACAGCCAUGAUCCAACUCUUCCUCCAAGAAGUCAUCAGGGACUCAGGCCAUGUGGUCGCUCUGAAGAGUUUUGUGACUGAUGAUAAAAGUCUGCUCAGCUUCAACAGAGGUGACAUCAUCAAACUGCAGCCAAUGGAAAGACUUCAGCAAGGCUGGUGUUUCGGCAUGUUGGCAGGACGCUCUGGUCUUUUCUCUGAGGAUCUCACCCAGCCGUCUGCAGCCCCCGACUACCAUAACCUUCACCUGAUCAAAAGAGAUGACCUGAGGAAAAGCAUGAGGAACAACAGACCUGUGAGGUCAACUAACGGCCCGCCCUCAGGUCCCAUCUUCAGACAGACAGGCAGCACUGAACCAGAGCAGCCCAGCAGAGAGGCCUCGCUCCGGGGCUCCAUCCAGGGAUCAGACCAUGAGCUCCUCUCUCCCACUGCUGAGUUUGCAAUGAAGUACUUCAGAGCUGGGACAAACGGUCUGCCAGACAGUGGGAGGGGUUUUUCACAGGCCAUUCAACACACAGAGGCCCCCAUAACUGAGUCCCUGAUCCUCUACAAUGAUCCAGAGAUCAACGACCUGUCUGUGCAGAGCUUCACACACCUGAUGCAGUUCAUGGGUGACAUGCCUUUGAAGAAGAAAAAAACAGAGUCUGACUGUCUGAACCACAUCCUGCUGUUAGGGAAAGAGAAGGAGCUGCUGAGAGAUGAAAUCUACUGUCAGGUCAUCAAACAAAUCACAAACAACCCAACCAAGUCGACCUGUACUCUUGGCUGGCGGAUGCUCAACCUGGUGACCGGGUUCUUCCCCUGCUCUGGUACUCUGCAGCCGUACGUCACACAACACCUGCAAGUCAUCUCUCAGGACUACGAACACCCGUACCAAGAGCUGGCGUCUGUGUGUCUUGAUAGCCUUCAGCGCUCUCUCAAUUUCGGUGGUCGCCGGAACAUCCCCUCACAUGAAGAGAUGGAGGCAAUCAUGUCUGGUAAAACUUCUCGUUGCGUUUCCAUCGAGCUGCCCGGAGGAGCGAAAUACCCCACGAGGAUUCGCAGCUUCAAUUUGGCAGUAGAUGUGGUGACAGAUUUCUGCAAAGAAAUUGGAAUCUCAGAUCAGGCAGAAAUCAAAGAGUUCGCCAUCUUCGCCAACAGACUUCCAGAUGGGAUGGUGCGUCCGAUCCAUGCUGAGGAGUAUGUGUUCGACUAUGUGCUGGACGACGGCUCCAUCUCUUUAUCUCUGAGGAGAGUGAUGUGGAGGAGCCCCCUGACCUUCGCCAAUGAUAUCUAUGCAGACUUUCACUACAAGCAGCUCUUGGGUGACUUCAUGAGUGGGCUGCUGAUGCUUCCUCUUGCUGCAGAUGGUUCCCCUUCUGUCCAGCAGGUGGCAGAGCUGUCAGCGCUGCAGCAUCUGGCUCAGGGACUGAUGGACCCGCCUUCAAUGGAGGAGAUUAAGGAUUACCUGCCGAAACAGGAUGGGCUCGAGUCUAGAGUGGAGGAGAUCCUCUUCAGCUGCGAACACCAGAUAGCUGCCAAGCAGUCCCUUCAACCACAAGACGCCAAAAUACAAUUCAUUGAGGUACUCAGCACCCUGCCUCUGUUUGGCUCCAACGUUUUCUUGGCCAAGAAGGUGAGCCAGCGAGGCUGUCCGUCUCCAUGCUUGGUCAGCAUCAGCCAGGAGGGGGUGCUGUUUCUUCACCCAAAAACACAGGAGGUGGUGUUUCAGAUUCUUCUGGCAGAAAUUCAGUCCAUGAGCACCGUCCGCCAAAAGAAACUUAGCAAAAUGCCGACUGUGGACAUCCAUUAUGGAAAGCCAGUCCGUCUCCAAAAAGUCACCAUUCAUCUCAAACAGGCUAAGGAGCUGUGCAAAAUCCUCGCUCUGAUAAUGGAAGAAAUGAUCCAACCGUCGUCAGUCACCAGCUCCAUUUCAAAUCGCCUGUAGACACACACUUACACACAAACAUUUCAGACUCACACAUUUCAGACUCACACAUUUCAGACUCACACAUUUCAGACUCACAGUCACACAGAGUCGAGAGGAGAUUCAGUUGAACACUUUCCUGUUUUUGUGAACCAUUUUAUUAAUGUAUCUUUGUUUGCGUAUCCUCACAUCAUGAUUUAAUGACAUGGAAUGAUUAUGACCGUGAAUGCACAUCAAUAACGCAGAUAUAUUUUCUCAUGUUAUGUUGAAAACUUGCAGAUGAUUAAAGAAACUUAAUUAGAGGCAGUAAGGAUCAAAGUGAUUCACCGCAUAAUGUUUAAAGAUCUUCAUUGUUAAUUUAAGUAAUGCUAGUGCAAGUGAUUUUUCAAUGAUGUCAUGGAAUAUAAGUGGGUAAUUUAUAAGUAUAAAAGAAAAAUGACUGUUCAUACAA